AUGGCUCCGUCCGGCCAGAAGAAGGGCAAAGAAGUUGACCGGUCACCUGCGAGCAUCUUGAAGCAUGGCGACUACACAGUCUCCCUGACUAGCUGGCUUGCUGGCGGUCCCGCAGUCGUCGGCAAGAAGCCUCGUCGGGUGCUCGACCUCAAAGUUGAGCGCGAUCGCAAGUCUGAAAAGUCGGAUCAAUCUUUGGUCCUGGCCAGCAAGAAGGACAACACCUCCGAUAUGGACGUUGGCACUUCAGGAGAUGAAAGAUCUCUGACGCACACCUCAAGGCAAAGUCGCCAAACUGAAGGAUCAUCCCAGCGACUUCUGAAGUCGAAGCCAUUCCUCACGUACGAGGAAAAGAGAGUCGAAAAGUUUACCAUUCGACCUCCGCCUCUGAUCUUCAACAACCCUGAAGACAUUCCAACUGGCUGGCUCGAAGCAAUGUUGGACCGGAGAAAGAAUGGCGAAAGCUCAAAGGCUGUUUCGAAGAAGGCUAUCGGUUAUGAACACAGCGACUCGGACGAUUACGAAGCUGGCUACGAGUCUCCCCACAGCAAAUCAAAGUCAUUGUCAAAGAAGUCGUCCUCCUCCAGGAAAGCAUCGGAAAUUCGAAUCAAAACCAAGUCGUCAUCUAAGAAGGGCACUCGCAAAGUCGAAGUCACAACUGCUGAUACAACAGACGAUUCGUCAUCUGAUGUCGAGUCACACCGCCCAACGAAGACGAAGAAGCUCGACCACCGGAGCAAGAUCAAAGAGACGACCAAGACGAAGAAGAUACACGUCGAGUCCUCUGGCGAGGAGACAGAUGACACCACAGCAGAUUCCGAGUCAUCAGAUGCUGAGUCAACCAGUAUCGAGCUACGUUCCAAAUCGAAAGCGAAGAACAAACCCAGCGCUUCAUCGAACAAAGCAGGAAGUCCCAAGGUCAGGAUCGAGACACGGGACAAAAAGGGCAAGGGAAAAGUCAUAGUGGAAGGUUCAAGUGAAGACGAAGUCUCAUUGGAUGAGUCAACGUCAGAAUUCGAGCCGUCUCCCCCAAAGAAAGUCAAGAACAAGAACCGUGUUACCGUUACCGAGACCACUCGAAAGGGCAAAAAGAAGACUGUCACAGUUGAAUCAUCCGAUGAAGCCGACACGACGCACAUCAACUCACGUUCUUCCACGAAGGGCAAGAAGUCUGCAGUUCAUGUCAAGGCCAACGGCAAAACGAAGACUAAGAAGGUUACAUUCGAGACUACCGAUGAAGCUGAGAUUACUGAGGACGCCACAACGGAUGCUGAGCCUACGCCGGCGAAGGCGGGCAAGGUCAAGGGCAAGAACAACAAGACCAAGGCAACCGAGAAAGCAAAGUCCAAAGCGAAGAAGGUCGAAGUCGAAUCAUCUGAUGCGGCAGAGACGACCGAAGCCGAAACGACCGAAGCCGCGACCACCGAAGCCGAGACCACCGACGCGGAGACGACCGUCGCCGAAAAGCCCAAAGCAACUCCAGCAGCGGGCAAGGCCGACGACGCCUGGACGCCUUCCCAAGAUGCCAUGCUUCUCGGCAUGAAGGAAGGCGGCGAAUCAUGGGUCAACAUUGGCAAAGCCAUCGGCCGGAACAAGAAGGAGGUCAUCAAACGACACCAGGAGCUCGUUCGCACUGGCGUUGCUCAGGUCGGUAAGGGCAAUCACGACAAGAACAAUAACAAGAAGGGAAAGAACAAGGAGAGCAAGAACAACGAUAAGAACGAUGCCAGUUCUAACCAGACCCCUGCUGCGGACGAGACCUUUGGCUUUGGAGACUUCGCUGGCUUUGGCGGUGAUCAAGACGAUACCAACAAUGACACCAAUAAUGACAAUAACAACAAUGGUGAUGCUUGGGGUGGAGGUGGUGAUCAGAAUAACGGCAACAAU